AUGAAGAACUUGAAUUUUGGUGGAUUAAGUCUCUUAUUAGGCAUACUUGUCCUAGAAGCAGUCAUUGCAGAAGGGUUCAACUACGGCGAUGCCCUCGAUAAGACCUUUAUGUUUUUUGAGGCACAAAGGUCGGGUAAACUACCAGCCAAUCAACGAGUCAAGUGGAGGGGCGACUCAGGCCUCAAGGAUGGGUAUCUUCAAGGGGUGAACCUGGUGGGAGGAUACUAUGAUGCAGGAGAUCAUGUUAAGUUUGGACUGCCAAUGGCAUAUACAGUGACAAUGCUAGCAUGGGGAGCUAUUGAUUUCAGGAGGGAAAUCACGGAGUUAGACCAAAUGAGACAAACUUUGUGGUCUAUCAGAUGGGGCACUGAUUACUUCUUGAAGGCACACACACAGCCUAAUGUUCUCUGGGCUCAGGUUGGAGAUGGUGACUCUGAUCACUAUUGUUGGGAGAGAGCUGAAGACAUGACAACUCCAAGGACUGCUUACAAGCUUGAUCAGUAUCAUCCUGGUUCGGACCUCGCUGGAGAAACUUCUGCUGCCUUAGCUGCAUCAGCUAUAGCUUUCAAGCCUUACAAUUCUUCCUACUCUAAUUUGCUCCUACUUCAUGCAAAACAGCUUUUCACAUUUGCUGACAGAUAUAGAGGUCUAUAUGAUGAUUCUAUUCAGAAUGCUAAGCAAUUCUACACUUCUUCAGGUUACUCGGAUGAGUUACUGUGGGCUGCUGCGUGGCUGUACCGGGCAACUGAUGAUGAGUACUACCUGAAAUAUGUCGUAGACAAUGCUGUAUACAUGGGUGGAACUGGAUGGGCAGUCAAAGAAUUCUCUUGGGACAACAAAUAUGCUGGUGUGCAAAUCCUUCUUUCCCAGAUACUGUUGGAAGGUCGUGCUGGCGCUUACACUUCCACCUUGAAGCAAUAUCAAGCCAAAGCCAAUUACUUUGCCUGUGCUUGUCUGCAAAAGAAUGAUGGCUACAACGUCCACAAAACUCCUGGGGGCUUAAUUUAUGUCAGGGAAUGGAACAAUUUGCAAUAUGCCUCUGCUGCUGCAUUUCUUCUUGCCGUCUAUUCUGAUUCUCUUUCUGCUGCAAAUGCCAAGCUUACCUGUCCAGAACGGCAGAUCCCACCUCAGGAGCUCCUCAAUUUUUCCAGGUCACAGGCUGACUAUUUUCUUGGGAAGAACCCCAAAUCUAUGAGCUACUUAGUUGGAUAUGGACCACAAUAUCCAGUGCAUGUUCAUCAUAGAGGUUCUUCCAUUGCCUCUAUUUUUUCUCUUCAAUCGACGGUUCAAUGUGUGCUAGGAUUUGAGACAUGGUAUCGCCGCCCUGAGGGAAAUCCUAAUGUCAUAUAUGGAGCUCUUGUGGGAGGCCCUGAUCAGAAUGACAACUUCUCUGAUGACCGUUCCAACUACGAACAAACUGAGCCUACACUUUCUGGCUGUGCUCCCCUUGUUGGCCUCUUCUCCAAGUUGCAAAGUGUAUCGGGACCCGCAGGCUAUCCUAAGCAACCACCAGUUCCUCAUCCAACACCAGGUUUCUAUCAUAGAAUUCAAAAAACACAAGCACCCAACACAAGAUCAGAAGCCCCAGUUGAAUUCAUUCACUCAAUAACCAAGACAUGGACAGUUGGACCGACAACAUAUUACAGACACAGGGUGAUAAUCAUGAACAAGUCUGUGAAGCCAAUUAAAGACCUAAAAUUAGUUAUAGAAGACCUUUCAGGGUCUAUAUGGGAUCUCAAUCCAACACAAGAAAAGAACACCUAUGAGCUUCCUCAAUGGCAGAAGGUCUUACCACCUGGCUCAGAAUGCAGCUUUGUUUAUGUUCAAGGCGGCCCUCAGGCUAAGGUUACAGUCCAGAGCUUCAAUUGA